UCAAAAAUCUCUUUCCAUGUGCAAGUCUUGCCAUUGCUUCAUCAUUUCUUGCUGGCUCUCUUCCCAUGUGUUGAGAAUACAGUUCAUCUUCAACUAAAAGAUUUCUCAAUGUCACGUUCUUGAACAUGUCUUUGUUCUUUACACCCACUCCUUUUGCUAUUUGAGUUUCAUUUCUUUUUGUCCCACUCAUUUUCCCUUUCUCAAACUAAGCCAAAUUGAACAUGGAUUCCAGAACCCUUCUUGAUUAUGCACUGUUGAAGCUCACCCCAACUAGAACAAGAUGUGAUCUUGUGGUGUUUUCUGGGGGUAAAAGUGAGAAAUUGGCUUCUGGGUUAGUGGAACCCUUCAUUUCUCACUUGCAAUUUGCUAAAGAUCAGAUUCCAAAAGGUGGCUAUUCAAUCACUAUGCGCCCACCUUCAACUCAUGCCUACUGGUUCACCAAAUCCACAUUCCAAAGAUUUGUACGCUUUGUAAGUACACCUGAAAUUCUUGAGAGGUUUAUGCGUUUGGAACGAGAGAUUUCACAAAUCGAGAGUUCCAUUCAAUCCAACGAAUGCUCCAAUGGCAAUUCAGAGGAAGGAAGCUCACCAGCUAAUGGUGACACCACCAGGAAAUCAAAUGAUUCUUUCAAGGCAAAAAGUGAAACCGAAGAAGCUGAUAAUGCUGCACCAAAAGAAAACUCCAAGAUUCGACUUCAGCGUCUCAUGGAUACCCGAAAAGCAUUACUUCGGAAAGAACAGGCCAUGGCUUAUGCACGUGCAACAGUUGCUGGCUUUGAGAUAGACCAACUGGAUGAUCUCCUACAGUUUGCUAAUUCUUUUGGUGCCUUACGGCUUAGGGAAGCAUGUGUUGACUUCAAGGAACUUUACAAACAAAAGCACACAGAUGGCCAAUGGAUGGAUGAGGUAGCUGCAAUGAAAGCAUGCUCCCCAGCAGAGCUGUCCUACUUGGGAAAUCAAGGUGUUAUUCUUGCAUAUGACAAUAGUGGCUCUUUGGAUAGUUCUGACUCGAAGGAAUCAACAAAUUCAAAUGGUGUCAGAGAUGAGAAUCUUCCUGCAUCAGAGCAGUCCAUGUCAGCAAAAGCUCAGAUGCAGAUGCCAUGGCAGAAUCAGAUUCCUCCGUAUAUGUACAACUUUCAUGGUCCAGCUCAACAGAUUCCUUAUGCUGGCAUGCAUCCUUUACAAUAUUAUCCAGCACAUAUGCAGUGGCCACAAAGUGUAAAUGGCUCAACAAAUGGUCCUGUUCGAGACUCUCGCCGGCGAUCAAAGAAGAAGGAGAAAGAACAUGACAGUUCAGAAGAUGAUGAACAAACUGAGUCCAGCGCCUCUGAUUCUGGAACUGAUUUAGAUGAAGUUAGGAAGCAUGAGAAAAACCAUUCUUCAAGGGAGAACUCACAUACUAAAAAGCACAAGAAGAAAUCCUCAAAAACAGUUGUAAUCCGCAAUAUCAAUUAUAUCACUUCCAAUAGAAAGAAUGAGGAAAAGGAUGGUUCCUCUUAUGAUUCUUCGUCAGCUGAAUCUCUUUUACUCGAUGAAGAUUCUAUCAAAGAGCAGGUAGAUGAUGCUGUUGCAGUACUGGAGAAACGUCGCCACUCAAGAGCACGAAGGAACAAGAAUGAAUCAAAUGGUUAUGGCAACACAGACCUAAAUGAGGGUGUGUCGCCAAAGACAUCUGAGAAAGCAAAAGGAAAUGAGGCAUGGGGUGCAUUCCAGAAUAUUCUGAUGAGUUGUGAGGAGUCAAGUAUGAAUGGGGUAAGCGAUCCUUUGAACUUCCAGGAUGAAGGCUGUGGUAUCAAAAAUUCUAGUGACGGGGUUUCAUUCACAAUUAGCAAUGGUGCGGAGUUGGGAUCUGGGAAGGUCAGAAGAGAGCAUCUGACAACUGAUGAUUCUCUUCUCAUGACCAAAAAUCAUGAACAAAGUGGCACAAAGGUUAGCAUGGUAGAUUUUGCCAAUGGUGAGGAUAUGCGGCCAAGUUUGAAGAAAGGAGUUUCUGAAGAUGAGCAUCUUCUAUUUUCGCACAAAGAACCAUCAGGGGGAAGUACAUUGGGAACUCCGUCUGAUUUUGGUGCUGAAUCCUCCACUGUUAGAAGUAGUAAGGGGGAAGAUUGGUUUGUAGUCAACCACUCGGGCGGUUCAGAAACUCAAGAGGCUAAGCAAAUAAUAUUUGACUAUGACAGUAGCAUGUCGAUGCAGAAAAGUUCCUCUCACACCGAAACUGAAAGAGCUGCUCCAAUUGAUGAUUCUUUCAUGGUACAGUCUCAACCAUCUUUUGAUGAUCAUUAUAACUCUCAGUGGAAAACAAACAUUAGCAUGGAUGCAGACAUGCUUGCUGCAGAAAAUGCUGAUCCAGUUGCAUCAAAAGCCAAGGUUAGUACAUCUGCGGCCAGUCAACCUGAUGACCUCUGUGUGGUGCUUACAAGAGACCCAAGUUUGGAUCCCGUUGAGGCAUCUUGGCAACCACAGUUGGAUUUUGGUUUUGAAGCUUCUUUCGUGGCAGUUGAGAAAAAAUCUUCUGCUGUUGAGGUAAAUAGUUCUACUGAAGAAAAUGCUCCUGCAAAAAGUAAAGGCACAAGUAAUAAGGACGGUCCUGCAAAGACCGGAAAAGAUGCAAGGUCUAAAGUCUCCGGGGGAUCCUUGUCAAGGAGCAGGAUUGAUGCUUUAGCAAAGAGCAAGAAGAUGUCUCCUUCUAACAAGCUGACAACCCAAAAGAGCAAAUUAGAUCGGGAGGAAGAAAUGCGCAAGAGAAUGGAAGAAUUAGUGAUCGAGAGGCAAAAAAGAAUCGCGGAAAGAACAGCAGCUAAGGGUUCGGGUUCAGCAGCUUCCAAGAAAGUGCCAGCAGGAAGUAAAACAGUUUCCUCAAAGAUUUCAACUUCAUCCAAAGUUCACACUUCACACAUUACCAGUACAGGUCAAGCACUAAGGACAUAGCCCUGUCCAGGAAAACUAUGAACCGGCCUUAAACACGAACUUAAACAUCCACAACUUGUGUGGAUUAUCCACAAAUAUCCUGGACAAAUAAAGUCUUCCCGAUGGAACUUAGAGAUUCUUUCUUUACUAGGAGAGAAAUAAAAGCAGUGUUGCUUGCUGCUUUAAUGCAAGUUCGUUCUCAUUUUCUAGACAUUCAUGUCCCAUCAUAAGGUUUUGCCAGUAUAGUUUUUUGAGGCUUUGUUUUUAUUUGUAUACUGCUAUUUGUUCAUAUGUUUUGUAAAGCUAUAUGUAAAAUUAUUCUUAAUUCACAUAUGUUUUUAUGUAUAAUAUAUCACAUUUUAAGAACCACUAGCUCUGUUAAAGCAGACACUUACUCUA